UGGCCCAUACUGGAAUUAUCUCUAACAACGCCAAUUUACCAUUGCAAACGAAACUGAAAGUGCCUAAACGUUAUAAAAUAGACGGGUGAAAAGUUGUCCAGGAGUGAACAACAAAACCAGGCUGAAACAGGUCAGGAAUACCAUUCUGAAUUUGCAACAUGGCCUUGUCCACAUUAAGAAUCAUUGUGUUUGGUGAGGAAUGGACCGGCAAAAGUUCUGUGGGCAACAUCAUCCUGGGCAAGAAGACAUUUGAUGUGAAUGCUGGCACACAGUGGAACAGCCUUGGCACGGGUGAGGUGCAUACCAAAAGUGUUGUGGUGGUGGACAGCCCAGGCUGGGACCCAUCCUGCUCGGAGGCGACCCCCCUCAGGGUCCUGGCAGACGCCUGUCACAGUCUGGGUCAGUAUGGCCCGAACGCAGAACCCCAUGCCCUCCUCCUGACCAUCCCUGUGUCUAUGGACCCAGAGUGGAACCAACGUAUUGCUCGACGACUCGAGCGUCUUUUCAGUCCAAGAAUUUGGAGACAGACCAUACUGCUGUUCACCAGACCCAGUUGUCUCAAUGGGAGAAGCAUUGAAUACCACCUUGAGAACGCUGGAAGGGCUUUCCAGGCCCUCCUGGAGAGAUGUGGGAACAGGUACCACACUUGUACUGAAGACCAUAAAGAGGUCACCUUGCUCCUGGAGAAGAUAGAGAAGAUGGUGGAAGAGAAUUGCGGAGAAUGCCUCAACACCAAGAACGUAGUCUUGGAAAUGAGAGAGCAAUAUGACGUGAGGAUGGAACGACUGGCAAUGUCCUGCAACCAAUCCAAAGCCCAGUUGGAGCAGCUUCUUAGGGAACAAGAGGAACUGAAACUCCAUUGUGGGCCACACAUUGGUCUCAGAAACAAUGAAGACUUUACAAACAUGGAAAUGUCCAAAGAGGAAUCUGCCUUUGUUGAGCAUGAAGGAGGUAAAGUAGUGGAAGAGCAGAUGUAUCAGAAGGAGGACAUCAUGUGUCUGCCUGAGCUGUCAGAAUAUGUGGGAGACAAGGUACCCCAACAGCCUGCACUGAGUUUGGUCUCCACCGAGUGGAACAGCGCAACUGUGCAGAAAGUCAAAGGAUCUGGGUUUCUUGUGACCAGACCUGAGCCCCCCAAAGAGAGUAUGGAGAAAACUCUGUUUAUAAACGUGGACAUGGAGAUUCAGAAUGUAAGGUUCUCUAUUUGGUUCCUCACCUUCGUGAAACGUCAUCAUGGAUCCAAGUUACAGUGGGAAAUGAUAUGGACAUUUGCCUGGUGGCAGAUGGUUGUGGUGAACAGAUACAAAGAAAUAUCAGGUAUCCAGAGAAAUGCAAUCUUGCCAGGGGCAGCAGAGCCACCCUGGGACUAUAUGGUAGAUGGUCUAAAGAAAGAAACUCCACUUGCCAGUGUGAAAAGUUGUGAUUCGCUGCCUGAGAUAAAGAAAGGAAAUAAAAAACGAAAACAAAAAUGUGAGGAGAGGAGGCCUCAUAAACGACAACGAUCGCGCAGCUUGCAGAGAGACUAUCAUUUUGUCAAGGACCUGGAAGAUGGUGGGAAAAAAUGGAAACGAGAAGGACUGAAGCGUUCGGAAAGCUGUGAAAGAAUGGUCACGUUUGGUAAGCCGGACCAUUCUACAGGCCCAGAGAGAGGACGAAAGUCCAAGAUCCAAGAUCCAGUACCAAGAUCAAGGUCACAUCACCAGAACUGUCCACCUUGGAUUCAACCAAACUCCAGCUGUCAACAUGCCUAGUAUGACAACUAAAUGCUACCAUAUGCUGUCAUCUAGUGGAGGGUUUUUAGUUAUGUGUGAUUUUUGAUAUUUACAGGUGUUUUUCUUUUAUAUUUAGUCAUUAUCCAGAGCGAUUUACAGCUACUUUCAUUUUUCAUUAAUCCCAACAAUUUCAGAUAUUUUUUUAUAUAUAUAUACUACAACGUGAAUGAAGUUGAAGUGCCUUGCAUAUGUAUUCAGUUCCCAACAAAAUAACUGCUAAAUUACUAUUUAAAAAAUUGUAUUUCCACCCGAUGUAACAGGCCAAAUGAACCCCCACCCAGAUUAAACCUGGGUAUACUUUGGCCCAAGCCAGAGUAGUUGCUAGUCUUAGAAGUUGAAGUUUCAAGUUCAAGUCUUUUAUUGUCAGAUGCACAGAACAACACAAGGUCAGACUGGGCACUAAAAUUCUUAAGACAAGACCACGCAAGCACCUGGCAUAACAUAACAUAGAAGUACACGGAACAUAAAUGACAUCUAUGUUAGACUUAAAUAAGUAAACCUCCUAAAUAUACAGAUAAAUAUAAAAAUACAGAAUACAGAAGGCAACUGGGUAGAGAUUGAAGGAUGGGUGGUAACAGUCUCUUAGAAUCCUGCCAGCUUUCCUGAGGCAACGUUUCAGGACGUUAUGACUUUUAUUAUAUUCUGUUACAAUUGCAUUAUGUUUUGGGUAUGUGCUUUUAUUUUCAUGUGUAACACUACUGAGAAGUGUGGUAGUAAUCUCUGAUCUUUAUGGAUGUUUUGAUGUUGUUAUCAGUGUUUAACUUUAAACAUUUUAUAUUGUAGCAAGGACUUUCUAGUCUUAAAAGUUGAAGUUUCAGGAAGUAGUCAUCUUUGACCUUUGUUGAAGUCUAAUAGUUUUCCUGGUUGAAGUAAUAAAAGUCUAUGUUUUAAAGUUUUAAUGAAUUUGCUUGUCUAUACUAUGUAGAGACAAAAAGAUCAAAUCAAUCAUUUGAAUGAACCCACUAACCACUGCCCUGGCUGCCCUUGGAGGAAGUACUGCAUGGACCGGAAAUAUCAGAGAAAACAUUUCUGUCCAACCCUCCCGCAUCCAUGUGUCAUAACUGUAAGAUAAAUAAGCAUUUAACAUACCUAACCACUGAGUGCAAAUGACAAACAUUUCCCAAAAUGUCAAAUACAAAUAUCUAAUGUUCAUCUUGAGUUUUGAAGCAUGCAGGGAUGAUAUAUUUACUUUGAUACAGGAUCUUUUAAAUCCUCAGAACUGGAAGUGUGUGUUUAAAUGUCCCAUCUUUAAAACUAAAGCCACCAUUUGGUUCAAACACAACUUUAUUUACAUAAUAUACUGAAUCAUACACUUGUUAAUAAAAACAGGAAAGGGUCAAAUUACAGGAGACUAACAUGUAUGCAGGGAAAAUAUAAAACAGCUCUUUCUUUCUACAAAUACUGUAAAACAGGUUGACAACCGUCACUGUGAAUGUACAUUCACUAAAUCAAAGUAGGGAAAAAAGGUGAAUGUACAUACGAACAAAAACACAACUUUUAUAAAGCAGCGAGAGGGGUCAAUUAUUUAGAAAGACGAACUUAUGAACUAAAAUAGGGCUACCGAAAUUUAAAGUUGAGUAUGAUAACUUGGCACACAACAACCUUGGCUCUUGAAGGGAUAUGUCAUCUAAUAAGUUGUAAAACCGAUGCCUCAUAUUGCCCACAUUGGCAGUGUUACACCAAAUCACACCUUGAGGAGACGCUGUCAGGUGAUGAGAUUCAAACCAUACAGGUCACAAAUGCAGAAUUGUAUUUCCACUGUUCACCUCAGUGCUAUAAAAUAAAGUCCUCACAGUAACGUUGCCAGUGAAAAAUAAAAGCCCACCGAAAAAUCGGAAGCGAAAAUCAAGAACUCUUAUUCAGCUGUGCAGUCUGUCAAUCCCACCAAUUCUAAGGCUCUGUAUAGUAAGUGAUAUGGGGUUGAAAAGUAGAGACAAUAGCCGCCUUUUCUUCCAUUUUAUUUAACCGAUGCUGGUGUUGUGUAGUUUGCCUCCACAAGGUCAUGACAUCAUUUCCUGGGAAGAGAUUGGUGCUUGUUUUAAUGUUCUCUGAUCCUGGACGCUCCACCUUCCACAGAUCUAUAUGUGGAGCGACCAGGGGGGUGGGCGGUGCUAAAUCACAGUGGGAACAAGUGCGUGUGUGAGAGGGGUCUCAAACAAUAGGGGGCGUGGUCAGUUAUUACAGCAUGGAAGAGAGGGGUUUAAGCUGACGGGAUCUCAUUAAGAAGUACUGUGGGCAUUCCAGAAUGUUUUUCAUGGUACACUGUUAUCCAGCCCAGGUGAGAGGUGGGACUCAUGUAGUCUGGUGGCUUCCAGACUAGCACAGUAGAAAA